CCUCCCCAUCACCCUUUAGCAUUUCGCAUCAUCAAAACAUCACAGCGCCAACUAACGUUAGCAUAUUGCCCAAAACAGCAAACGCAAACACGGACCGCAUUGCAAUGUGCAAUUGCUCCGAGCAAACUCGAUGCCACCACGAGGCCCUGCUCCCGCCAACCAAGGCCUGCCCCGCGCUGGGUGACCGCCUGAGGUCGGCGCGGAGCGGAGACGGCAGCGCGGUCGCCGAGGUGGCGUCCAUCGUGCGCCUCGCCGCGCCGAUCGUCGGCGCGGGGCUGCUCAUGUACAUGCGCUCCCUCGUGUCCAUGCUCUUUCUUGGCCGGCUCGGCCGCCUGCCUCUCGCCGGUGGCUCCCUCGCGCUCGGCUUCGCCAACAUCACCGGGUACUCCGUGCUCUCCGGCCUCGCCGCCGGCAUGGACCCCGUAUGUGGCCAGGCGUUCGGCGCCGGCCGCACGUCCAUCCUCACCGCCGCGCUCCGCCGCACUGUCUUGCUGCUCCUGGCCGCGUCCGUUCCCAUCAGCCUGCUCUGGCUCGCCAUGCACCGCGUACUCGUAGCCACUGGCCAGGACCCCGACAUUGCGGCCGCCGCGUACGACUUCAUCCUGUGCUCGCUCCCGGACCUCGUCGUGCAGUCCUUCCUCCACCCGCUCCGCGUGUAUCUCCGGGCACAAUCCAUCACCCUCCCGCUCACGUACGCCGCCGGCGCGGCGCUCUUGCUCCAUGUUCCCAUCAACUGCCUCCUCGUGCAUAGCCUCCACCUAGAGAUCCGCGGCGUCGCGCUCGGCGCCGUUUGCACCAACCUGAACUUCCUGCUGUUCCUUAUGGCUUACGUCUACAUUUUCGGACUAAUGCAUGGCAAUGACGGCAAUGGCAAAGCCAGCGCGUGCGCGACGCCGGCAGAGGAGGGUGCGGUGGAGUGGAGGUGCUAUGUGAGGCUCUCCGUGCACAGCUGCAUGUCAGUAUGCUUGGAGUGGUGGUGGUACGAGAUCAUGGUGCUGCUCUGCGGCGUGCUCGCCGACCCGAAGGCGGCGGUGGCUGCAAUGGGGAUACUGAUACAGACCACGUCUCUGUUGUACAUCUUCCCGCACUCCCUCAGCGGCGCCGUGUCCACGCGCGUCGGGCAUGAGCUCGGAGCGGGGCGGCCUGAGCGCGCGCGCCUCGCGGCUCGCGUCGGGCUUGCCUGCGGUGCCGCGCUCGGCCUCGUGGCGUGCGCGUUCGCGGCGUCUGUGAGAGGGGUGUGGGCGCGGAUGUUCACCACCGAAGCCGCCAUACUCCGGCUGGCGUCUGCGGCGCUGCCCAUACUCGGCGCGGCCGAGCUGGGCAACUGUCCGCAGACGGCCGGAUGCGGUGUGCUGCGCGGCAGCGCGCGGCCGGAGAAGGGGGCGAGGAUUAACGUCGCGGCCUUCUACGGCGUCGGCAUGCCGGCCGCGCUCGCGCUGGCGUUCUGGCCCGCGCGGCUCGACUUCCCCGGCAUGUGGACCGGCAUGCUCGCCGCACAGAUGGUGUGCGCGGCGCUGAUGCUGCACGCCGUGCAAAGCACUGACUGGGCCGAGCAGGCCGUCCGCGCGCUCGAGCUGAUGGGCGCUAUCGUCGCCGAGGUCGAUGACGACGUCAAAAGCGUGCAUGCAGACGCGGCCAAAGCAAAGGCAGACAACGGCGUGCUCGUGGUGAACUGGUGACCGUGCUAACUUGAUCGUCACGGAGUAUUCAAUCCUUGAUUUUUUUUUUGUUUCCUUUUUCACUUUUGCUCCUUGAACGUCCAUUGGUAUUUUUUUAGCAUUUGGAACGAUGGAUAUUGGGUGCAUUGCAUCCUUCCGACCUAUUUUUCCCUCUUCGAAUUAUGAAUUGAAGAGAGGAAAGAUUUUCGGCAAGGAUGUUGAAAAGAGAGUGCACCGCAUGGAGGUUGCAAAUAG